AUGUACUCCUUGCAGAAAACUGAUCGUAUGAGUCGGAAAACAGUUAUGCGUUAUGUGACACUGUGUUAUGUGCUUGUCUUUCGAGAUAUAAGUGAGAGAAUUCGACGUCGAUUCCCCACAUAUAAUCACCUGGUACCUUCACUACUAACCGAAGCCGAGAAAAGUCGAAUCGAGAAAGAGGACAUUAAGCGAGUUUACUGGAUGCCCAUCGAAUGGGCAACACAACUGUUGAAAAAGUGCUAUCGGAGGGGUCAGAUUGACGAAUACCAUUUCGGAGUGCUAUGCGAUACAAUGCUAAAGUACCGUGAAAUGAUGCAUAAUCUGCUUUCAUACGACUGGGUGAACGUGCCUUUAGUUUACACACAGGUAGUUCAUAUCUGUACAGUUGCGUACUUUGGCAUAACAUGUAUUGCAAACCAACCUAUCAAGGAACCAGGUGCAAGAGUAUGGAUAAACGAAUUUGUGGUGCCAGUCUAUAACGUUUACGAGUUCAUUUUCUUUGUUGGUUGGCUCAAAGUAGCUCAGGUAAUGCUGAAUCCAUUCGGAUUGGAUGAAGAUGAUUUUGAGAUCGACAUGCUCAUAGAGAGAAACUUACAGGUUGGUUAUUCCUACGUGGAAAGCUUGUAUGAACGACUUCCGCCGUUGAUUCUUGUCGACGUAGCUCUGCUCUUUCCUCACACUAAGGCAUCGAUGGCUCUAAUCAAGCAAGCGAAUCCGAUGAUCGGUUCAGUGGCCAACGUAAACGUGCCCAGGGACGAGCAACAAGUCAUUAGUAAAGAUGACGUGGAGAUGAUCAGGAAACUUUUGGGUCCCAAAUUUGGGCGUCGCUUCGACUACGUUCGGAAGGAGCCGUCAGAUGAUGUGAUUGGGAGUAAGGGUCUAGCAAGCAAACCCUAUUCACAAAGUGAGAAAGAAAGUGAUCUUCAAGAAACACAACCAUUGGUAAAAGGAACAAGCAAAGCGAGAUCAGUUUCGGACACCUCCGUUGAGCAGUUGAAAACUGCGAAAGCACCUUCCCUACCUCAACCAACUCAACCAAAACAAGACGAGAAAAAGGGUCCACCAAAGCAAUCUCUCGAGAAGAGCGCCAGAGGUCCAAAAAGGCUGCAGUUUGAAAAAGGUUGA